AUGGACGACAUCGACGAGGAGGAAAUCGACUCCCCAAACAAGGGUGGCCUGAUUGAUGAGGUCCUAUUUUGGGCUUCAUUCGUCAAAAGUUGGUGUACAAGGAACUCCAGGAGAAGAAUCCCAAAGAAAACCCGCACCCACAGCACCCAACAAUGUGUUUUAGCACCCACCGCGUCGUCGAAGCCGGCCAAGUCGGGUGGAGGUAAGCAGAAGAAGAAGUGGAGCAAGGGCAAGAAAAAGGAGAAGGUGAACAACACGGUGAUCUUCGACCAGGCCACCUACGACAAGCUGCUCACCGAGGUGCCCAAGUACAAGCAGAUCAUGCCCUCCGUCCUCUCCGAGCGACUCAGGAUCAACGGGUCGCUGGCUCGCAGGGCCAUCAAGGACCUGAUGGAGAGGGGACUCAUCAGGAUGGUGUCAAUCCAGUCCAGCCAGCAGAUCUUCACCAGGGCGACAAACACUGCCACCAGUCAUGUUAAUAUUCAGCUGUAUUUUAUAGUUGAAUACCUGUUUGUACUGCCCAAAUAG